AUGCGUUGCACCCAUUGCCGACGAUUGUGCUGGCGCUCUGCUGUUACGCGCGCACACAGAGGGUUCUCGUCGGACCGCAGGAUACGAGAGCACGAUGUCCUUUUCCUUCGACAACAGGGCCCCAAGUACCCCAAAUGGCAUUUGACCGCCCCCCUCCAAGCCGGUAACAAUAUAAAGCUCUCAUACGGGGCGUUGGUACCUGCGACGGAGCUAAUCGGGAAGAAUCUUCUCGACGUUGUGCAAGACAGCAAAGGCAACCGCGUGGUCCUACAGGAACCCACCCUCUCGAGCUAUAUUGUCAAUAACGAGCGACAUGCGACGCCAAUCUACCCCCACGACGCCAAUACCAUCGUUGCCUUGCUAGAUUUGAACCUGUCGCGCCCCGGAGAAGAAGAAGGCGAAGAAAACGCACUGCCGUUCGAGAUAUUCGAGGCUGGUACUGGAAUGGGUAGCCUAACCCUGCAUAUUGCUCGUGCUAUCCACGCAGCCAACCCGCCUUUUCCCCCAGCAUUGCGUCGCGCCAUUUGCGAGGCCAAAUUCAGACCAAAGACUAACCCGUCCUUGACACGUGUUGAUCUCGAACAAGAAGCCGAAAGAGCCUUGGACGAGUAUCGAGCAUGCCGGCGAGCCAUCCUUCAUACCUUGGACCAAAAGCCAAAACAUACCCACGCUGCCUACAAACUUGUGCGCAACUUUCGUCGAGCGCAGUAUCUCCCUUCGAUAGAUUUCCAUGUCGGCAGCGUUGAUGAGUAUCUAUCUAAAAGACUUGCCGAAUCAGAUGGCCAGCCAUUCUUGCAUCGUGCGAUUCUGGACCUCCCAUCAGCGCAUGAAAAUGCAGAGCGUGUAGUCGAGUCUUUGCUACCAAACGGAAUCCUCAUUCUCUUUAAGCCGUCCAUCAGCCAGAUUGCCGAUUUCCAAAAAUGGUCCACUGAAACACGUCAGCCCGUCCGUCUGGAAAAAGUUCUCGAGCUGCCCGUCUCGACUACAUCUGACGGUGUCCAUGAUGCCGGAGGUGGUAGGCAUUGGGAUGUCAAGCUCGUUGUACCCAAGGCAUCUCUAGGCGGAGAUGGGAAACCCGUUCAGGUUAUGCGGCCCAAGGUUGGGGAUCGUAUUGCUGGGGGAGGAUUUGUGGCUGUUUUGCGAAGGUGGCCUGCGGAUGCACAAUCAAUCGAACAAGAACAGGAACAGGAACAGGAAGAUGAAAAUAAUGGGGAGCGGAACAAUAACCAGGAGGAGAACCACGACAGAUGCAUAUGA